AUGGCAAUGACUCUGCAUGACUUUGCGGUGGCGCGCCUGAAUCCGGCGCCGCCUGGCCGAUUCAGAUGCCCAGGUGGGCAAGCUGCAAGGCGCCACAUGUCGGCAUCGAAGCUCGUGACCCGCAACUGCCUCCGUCUUGGUACUCGGUACCUGGUCCUCGAACCUGAACUCCUCCACAUCUUUCUCACCAAACUGACUCCCGACUCACUACACACUCUCCCAACCAGCACAAGUCCACCCUCGCUACCCAACUGA